AUGUGUGUGCUAGUGUACCUCAAGGCUCUGUCCUUGGCCUUCCACGGGAUCAACUAUCACUUUAUUCAGACGAGGGGAGAACAUGUUACAGCAUGGGCGAUAUUGUUUUAUAUUACGCAUCUAUUAAAGGGCGCGGUGCUGUUUGUCACGAUAGUCCUCGUCGGCACCGGAUGGAAUUUCAUCAAACACAUACUCUCUGAUAGGGACAAAAAACUCUUUAUGAUUGUCAUACCUUUGCAGGUGCUGGCCAACGUGGCCGAGAUCAUCUUGGCGGAGAGUGAGGAGGGUGCCGCGGAGCACAACGCCUGGCGGGACAUCUUCGUGCUGGUGGAGCUGCUGUGCUGCGGAGCUAUUAUGUUCCCCGUUGUAUGGUCAAUACGACACUUGCAAGACGCGUCGAGUACAGACGGCAAGGCGGCCAUCAACCUGCGCAAGCUGAAAUUGUUCAGGCAUUUCUACGUGAUGGUUGUAUGCUACAUAUACUUCACCAGGAUUGUCAUAUCUAUAUUGAAUAUAACAGUACCAUUCCAGUACGCGUGGAUUGACGAGAUGUUCCGAGAGAUGGCGACACUCGUAUUCUUUGUCAUGACCGGAUAUAAGUUCCGGCCCGCUGCCGCGAACCCAUACUUCACGCCCACACACAUUGACGACGUACAGCCAGAAGUUUUAUCUGAGAUUGGCGUACUCGAAGGCGUGACCCGGAUAUCGAACCGCGGCGAUCGCAAACGUGAGGACAUGCAGCCUCUCAUGCAAGAAACCAAUUACAAUUCCGACUAG